AUGGGUUCAAAAUCAUCAUGGUCAAUGGUGGCACUAGCAAUAAUGGCAUUAAGUGUGGUUGCAAUGCUUGAUGGUUGCAUGGCGCAAUCGUUCUGCAACACGUCACUUCCAGAGUUGUUCAAGUGCAAGCCGGCCGUGACGCCGCCAAAUCCUCAGCCGCCGACGCAAGAGUGCUGCGCGGUGGUGGCAAAGGCGGACCUAAAAUGCCUUUGCGGAUUAAAGAAUAGUCCCUUGGUGCCAACUUUGGGGAUCGAUCUAAACCUCGCCUUUCAGCUCCCUGCAAAGUGUAACCUUUCUCUCCCUCCGCAAUGUUAA